ACAUGGCGGGCGUCUCAGGCCGGGUGACGCUCGGUCGCGGUUUUCGGUUAUAGCGGGCGGGUGCCGGUUCCUUUUCGGUAAAUUCUUCCCUUUCCACCCAGGGUGGAGCCAACAGGGGAGGCAAAGGGGAAAGGUGAGAGGUGACAUCGGCGGGCGAGUGGACCGAUCAGCUCAGGGAAGAAGAUGGCAGAGAGCGGUCGGCAGCCGCCUUCAGACUCUUUGGAGGAGACCUCUACUACUACUCAUAACUUCAUGAUUCCAAAGAAGGAGAUAAAUACAGUUCCUGACAUGGGCAAGUGGAAACGGUCUCAGGCAUAUGCAGAUUACAUUGGUUUCAUCCUCACCUUAAAUGAAGGAGUCAAGGGCAAGAAGUUGACCUGUGAAUACAAAGUUUCUGAGCCCAUUAAUAAGCUUGUCGCUCUUCUCAACACAUUGGACAGAUGGAUUGAUGAGACCCCUCCCAUGGAUCAGCCCUCCAGAUUUGGGAACAAAGCCUUCAGGACUUGGUAUGCCAAACUUGACCAGGAAGCAGAAAACCUAGUGGCUACAGUGGUCCCUAGUCAGAUGGCAGCUGCUGUGCCUGAGGUUGCCCUUUACCUAAAGGAAUCGGUGGGAAACCCUACCCGAAUUGAUUAUGGCACAGGUCAUGAAGCAGCUUUUGCUGCCUUCCUUUGCUGCCUCUGCAAGAUUGGGGUCCUCAGGGUAGAUGACCAAAUGGCUAUUGUCUUCAAAGUGUUUAAUCGGUACCUUGAAGUUAUGAGGAAACUUCAGAAAACCUACAGGAUGGAGCCGGCUGGGAGCCAAGGAGUAUGGGGCCUGGAUGACUUCCAGUUUUUGCCCUUCAUCUGGGGCAGUUCUCAGCUUAUAGAACACCCAAACCUGGAGCCUAGGCACUUUGUGGAUGAGAAAGCAGUGAAUGAGAAUCACAAGGACUACAUGUUCCUGGAAUGCAUCCUAUUUAUUACUGAGAUGAAGACCGGCCCCUUUGCUGAGCACUCCAACCAGCUGUGGAACAUCAGUGCUGUACCUUCCUGGUCCAAAGUGAACCAAGGCCUCAUCCGCAUGUAUAAAGCUGAGUGUCUGGAGAAGUUUCCUGUGAUCCAGCACUUUAAGUUUGGUAGCCUGCUGCCCAUCCAACCUGUUACAUCAUCAUAGAAGAGGUGGGGCAACAACCACCGCUACCCUGGAGGUCACCAGCUCCUUCACCCUGCUCCCUUCACUUUUCUAAUACCACAUCCCUGCUGAUCUCUCUGGUCCUUGAGGCAAUUCUCCAGGAUACAUGAACACCCACAGUGCAAGUGCUGAAGGACCCAGAAUGGGAAGAAUGACCAAAGUAUGGCCAGUCUCCUGCCUUUCCCCCAGAGGCAAGAUGAGGGUAUAUCUCUGGGGAAACAGGAUCCUUAUGGCUACCUGACCCCCACCCCGCCUCUGUCCUUACCCCACUCAAAAUUCUCAGUCCCACUUCACGUGCUAAAUCUGCUCUGUACCAUCAUUUGUGUGGGAGAUUGAUAUGUUUUACUGUUUCCAUUAACUUUCUUCCUACUUCCUGUUGCCUUUCUGAGUGUUGAGUAGCAGUUGCUCCUAGUGGGGGCAGGAGACCCUAGACCAAUCCUCACCUCAGGGUACUCAUGGACUAGAGAAUGAGGGAGAUCAGGAGGAGAGAGAAACCCUGGCUGUUUCGUGGCCAUUUUUUGUGAGUUUGCUCCCUCCUUCCCAAGCUCUUCUUUUACAAAUCUAGUGUUGAUUUCAGGAGCUCAGUUUUCAUAUUUGAUCUCCUGAGGCCUGAGAAGGGGGCCUUGAGCCAGGGACCAGUGAAAAUACAAAGCUAGAGGCAAUGCCAAUAUGUCCUGGCUGUGGUGAGGCAAAAAACAAUUACAAUCACACACAUUCUAGCUCUUUUUCUCUGUGGUGCUCAGGUCUGCAAUCCUCCCUGGGUAUAGCCAUAUUGCUUUACUUUUUUUUUUUUUUUUUUUUUUUUUUUUUUUUUUUUUUGCUGCUGCUGCUGCUGCUGUGAGAUUCUAGGAUAAUCCAGUUCCAUUCUCAGCACUGGUAGUUGCCCUCUGAGGGGGUACUAGGCUUUGGGGAGGUGAGGGGAAAGACCUCAUUAGAUUAGACCUCAACAAAUGGUAAGUGAGAUAUACUAGUAGGAUUUGGACUGAUCUAGUAGAGAUCUUGGCUCCUGGAUUCCUUCAGUCAAAGACAUCUUCAAGGUUAGACUAAUGCCAUCCUACUGCUUGCAGCACUGUGCUGGCUACAGGUAAACUACUGUAGAGCCACUGAAAAAGAAGAACUUGUCAUCUUCAUUCUCUUUUUCCUCUGGAAAGCAAUUGUAUACCAUUGGGUUUCUUCCAAAUCCAAGGGCAUAAGACAGAGGGGGGUAACAAGACCUUCUUUUGGGAAAGCUGGACUUAACACUAUUUAGAGCCAUUGUAGGGCUGAGGUAAGUGACUUGCUUGAGGGCCAAAUUAUAGCACUCUAGCUCUUGGACAUUUGGGUUCAAGAAUUGGGGUGGUGAACUGGGGUAGGAGUGAUGCUGUCAGCACUUAAGUUCCAUGUUUUCUUCAGCAAACAUUUAUUGAGCUCUUCCAGAGCUGUUAGUAAGAGCUGGGUUUUGCAGAUUUUCCCUAUUGAAGCCCCUUCUUCAUUGUUUCUUCCUCUGCUCUUGAUAUCAGGGUUGUUUUUUCUUUUUCCUUUUAAAAAAAAAAGUUUGAUUUAGCUGCCCAGGCCCAUCUCCUCAGCUUCUUUCACACAUCCCCAGGCAUGGGUAGCACCCUGGCAAGCAUAGUGCAUUGGAUUUCCUUUUUGGUCUUCUAUGGUCCCAUUGCCACCACUGUGGAUUUGAGCUGGAAUGUCAUCCUGGGCCACUGAUCCAGAGCAGUCUAAGGGCUUGAGCUGGGAGAGAAGACUGAAGUUGUAUAAAGUUUUCCAAAUGUCUUCUACUAGGGUCCCUCGUGGAGUUUUGUAGACUGUCACCUUCCUGGCCUUUCAUGCAAGGGCCUUCCCACUGUGUGCCAACACCACUCCGUUUUGAGGCUGCUUCACCCUACCCCUUGGUCUUUCAUUGCUGUUCUGAUUAAAAAUCUGUUUUGCAUCUGGAGCUGAUGUGGAUGUCUGUCUUGUUGUAUACCUUACACCAUAUGCCUGCCCUUUUUCCUCUUGGAUAGAUCUAGGAUCCAUUUCCCCUUAUAGUUGCCUGGUCUUUAAGGUAGGUGACUUUAGAUUAGCCUAUUACAGCCAUCUCCUGAGCUAAGCCUAUUUUGAUUACCUGUGUAUUGCUGCUGUUGGGAAAGGACCAUCCUAAAGUGCUUGGACUUCUUGGUUGACCUUUGACAGGGCUGGAAUGAAGCUUGGGUCUGCACUGAAUAGUUUAAAUAGCCUGGCUGGUCCUACUACUAAGUACAGCUGGUCUUUUAGAAAAGACCAUAUUUUUAUAUCCCACCCAUCAGCUCUGACCCUUCAAGCCAAACUUGGAGAGACUGGAUAAAAAUAUUUUCCUUGGUAGUUGCUACACUUGUACAACUUUCCUUUCUCAAAGCUUUUCUAUUUCUGUGGGUUUAGGCCCACUUAGACUAUAUCCCUUGGCUUUCUAGACUUUGAAUCAGUUGAACAGAGAACUUGAUGGAGACUCAGACUGCUAGAAACAGCUUGAAUCUCAUGAAAGUUACUAAGGGAAUGAAAGUUCCAAUUCUGGGAGUCAACCAAGACCGUUCUAAAGAGUAUUAGGAAGUUAGGUAGUCCACUCAAGCACCAAUAGAUGUGAUUGAGUUAUUAAUACAAUAGUUGGUUCCAGUAUUAAAAUGAUGAUUGAGGUUUAGCGCAGACUCCUGAGGACAUCCCAUUUUACCUAUUUUCCUGGCUCAUAGUUGCAGGUCUGAGUGCCACCCAUCCCAGACUUGUUGGGGGCAGGGGAAGGAGGCAUUGCUGAGGUUGGCAUAGAAGGAUGAGGUUCCCACUACUUUGUUCCAAGUUUGACAUUUCCUGAGUCCUCCCCUAAGUUAUUGUUUGGGGAAAAAAUGAACAGCUAGAGAAUAGUAGGGCUAUUUAAUGAAAUUACAAGUUAGGUUAUCUGUUUUGAGGAAUGAACAUGAAUUUGGUUUUAGACAUAGGUUCAAAAAUUUAGAGAUGGAUGGGAUCUUGGAUGUUAACUGAGGUACCAGUGGGACGUUUAGGUGAGAUGUUAAUUGAAGAUAAUGACCUAAGGAGUGAACAUUUUUGUAUUUUCUUUUUCCAAGUCUGCUUUGUGUUUGAGGAAUUUCUCAAGAGGCUCAGGCCAAAGUCCCCAAUCACAGCCCAAGUUUUAAUACUUGCUAACAGUAUUUCAGCUCUAUCCAUUAAGAUCAAGGGAUAUAGGGAAAAUCUGCCCACCUUUAAGGUCUCCUAGCCAUUGAUUUAUUGAGUUCUGUGGACUUUAACUUCAUUCUCAUUCAUGAAGCUACACUUGGAGUCCUGGAUAUUGGUGGUAUUGAGGAACCCCACACGGGAGAUAUCUCAGUCAUUUUGGGGACUGUUCUGUUGCUAGAGAGGAAUUGGUGGUAUUGAGGAACCCCACACGGGAGAUAUCUCAGUCAUUUUGGGGACUGUUCUGUUGCUAGAGAGGACUUUGGCCUGAGCUUCUUGAGAAAUCCCUCAAACACAAAGUAGACUUGGAAAAAGAAAAUACAAAAAUGUUCACUCCUUAGGCCAUCCCAACUUGGCUCUUUAAAAGUUGUGUUUUUAUAAAAUAGGGUUCCAUUGAUUGGCAGAGGAUUCUUUUCAGCCACUUUAAUAAACUUGUUUCUUUCAGAACUAAAAGAAUUGGAUUGUGCUAAUACAUAGGGAUUUUGAAUAGGAUACUCAUACUCUACUGAGAGAACCUCUGAGAGUCAUAGACUAAGCUGAAACCAACUUCAGGUCAGGAAACAGGCCUAAAGAGGCUUAAACUGCCUUUCCUCAUUCAUUUAGAAGCUUAUUUCAUUUUGUUUGCUCUAAACAAAAUGGGAAUGGAUUUUUUUACUAAAGAUCAUUUAUGGGGUGCUUUAGGUGUACAGUACUAGUGGAAAGACCUAUGAGCUAGAUGUUUAUUUGGACAUCUUAAGUUCCAUGCAUAAUUCUAUAAAUCCAUAUUGUUCCCUGAAUUCUUUUUCUUUUUUGGGGCCCAGUUUUCCUCUUCAUAUAAACUUCUUGCUUCUGGUACUGAACAACAGUGGAUUAAAGUGGGUGUUGAGGGAACUGUGAAACAGACAAAUAUGACAAAUGAAAUGACAUGGAUGGAAGUAUUUGUAAAUUUUAACUUCCCCUACAACUAAUCAUUUUUGGAAAAUGUGGGAGAGGAAGAAGGGCAUUGUAGUAUAAAGACCUAUGCACAAGGAAGGCUGGGAUAGGAUUUUGUCCUUGAAUCCCCAGUGCUUAGCAUAGUGUCUGAUGUUUAAUAGGAGAUGCAUAUUUGUUGAUUGAUUCCCCUUAAAAUGAAUUCAAGAAAUAUUUGAGCACCUAUGUGCUUAUCUCUGUUAGGCCCUGUGGAUACUUAAAGGAAGUAUGAAAUAUGGUUCCUGCCCUUCAGGAACUUAAAAUUAUUUAGAGAGUCAAGACUAAGAAAACCCAUAAAGAUACAUGGCUACAUUAAGAUUGAGCCUAGUGAGGGUGUAGAGAGGAUCAAUACAAUUGUUUCUGCCUUCUGGAAGAAACUGAGCCUGGGUUUGAUUGAGAAACUCCUCAAGUGACUGGGAGAAAAGAGGGCGAUUUUGAUAUUGAGAGUCUAGGGGAGUGUGUGUGGGUAUGUAGGGGAGAGACACAGAGAGACAGGCAGAGACAGAGUGCCCAUACUUCUUUUCCUGCCUGAAUGUGCUGACAUCAUGAUUAAUUUAUCAGGUGCUUAUGAAUAUGCAAAUAGAGGCUUCAGUUUCUAAGCGCCUGUUUCAGAGAGGCCGAGCUGGGACUGGGACUGUUGCUAUCAUCUAGGUUGUUAGGGAAAAUGUAGCUAGAAGAGUUCUUGCAAACACUCUCCUUAUCCUCAAACGCAUGACCAAGACCCCAAACACUGCUACCUUAUCCUGUCUUCCUCUCAAUCCCUCUGCCAGAGACCAUUGCUGGAGAAGGGAGUCCCCUUUAGGUAGAAGUAGCCUGCAAAGUGAAUGAUUAGGAGGGGGUGGGGGGGUGGGAAGAGCAUUCUGUCAGGGAAGAUGGGACCUCUGUGUAGAACAUAAUACUGUUCCUUAAGUUCCAGACUUUGGCCAUGAAUCCAGAAGAAUAGGCUGAGACAACAGCUGGCUCUGUUUAAUGAGUUAGGAUGUUCACAGGAAGGCUAUGGGUGAAUGGGAAGACCUCUUAUCAACAAGCAUUUAUUAAGCACCUAUUGGAUGCCAGGCAUUUUAUAUGUGUGUGAUACACACACACAUAUAUAUAUAUAUAUACACACACACACAUGUAUAUACAUAUCCAUCCCCAUAUAUACAUAUAUAUGUAUACACAUAAAUACAAGAUAAUUUCUGGGGGAGAUAACUAACAGCUGGAAAAACUGGGGUAAACUUCCUUUAAAGGUAACAUCUGAGCCAAGCUUUGAAGGAAACUAGUGGAGUGAAUUCUAGAUAUGGAGGGUGAGGGAGGAUAGGAUGGGUGAAGAAGCUAUAUAAGGGCAGAGGGACUCCAUUCCAAUAUUUUUUAUCUUUUCACUAAUAGCUACUAUAAUGCUACCAUAUAAUCCAUCUUCUUGCAUAUUAUAGUUAAUCUAAAUUAAUUGAGACAAGGCAGGGAAAUUGUUAAUUGAAUUUUCUAAGGACUUCAAUUGAAAAGGCAUUAAGUGCAGACUGUAUACUGAGGACACAGACAAAAACAAGUAUUUCUCUUAACCAGCUUAUAUUUUACUGAGGGAUACAAUAAGUUUGUGCAUAGGUAGGUAAACUUGAAGCAAGAUAAGGAUUUAGAGAGGUAGAGAUGAAGUGGGGAGGGAAGUAUGUCCCAGGCAUGAAGAAUUAAGCAGAAAUCCCUAUCAUAGACUCCUAAUCACAUUGGGGGUCUGAUAAACUUGGUCAUUCCUUGGAUUGGAAAAAAUCUUAGAAAUCAUCUAGUUCAAUGCCUUCAUUCUGCAAAUAAGGAAAUAGAGAUCUGUAGAGAUGAAUCAUGAUUUAUGUUGCUUGUUAAUUUCACUGAUUUGUGAAGUGAUUUGCUUAAGGGUUAUACAGUGAAUGCUCUUUCUGCCCACACCAUACUUCUUUGUAAGUUCAGCUUUUGAGUACGAAAACAUUUACAAAAUGGAUUUGUUAGAUGCUUGUUGAUAGUACUUUCCUGUGAAUAUUUCUUUCCAACUCUUUAAAAUAUAGCAGGGCCAAGUAUUGCCUUAGUCCAUUUUAAUAGAGUAUUUAAUUUGAUGUUACCUUUACAAACAUUAUCUUGAAGAUCUUCUGAUCUGGGAUAGUUGGUGGUAGUGGUGGGAAUCAUAAAAUUCAGAGUUAGAAGGGGCCUAGGAAAAUCCCUAGUGUACUCUCAAUUUAUAGACAAUGAAAUUGAAUUCCAGAGAGUUUACUCUAAGUCCAUUAGAUUGUGAGCUCCUUGUGGACAGGGACUGUCUUUUGCCUCGUUUUGUAUUUCCAGUAUUUAACACUGCAUUUAUAUUCUUAUAUAUAUUUAAGCCUCUCCCCUCCACUGUGUGUCUCUAUCUUUCUUUCUCUGACUGUCUCUCUCUCUCUGUGUCUUUAACUUUCAAUCACUUCUGAAGGCCACAUGUCUUUCUCUCCUUUUCUAUGAUCUUUUAGUUUUCUUUCCUUAUUUCCCCAUUUCUCUGCACCCCAAUCUGACAGUAAUCCGUGUUUGUUUUAAGACUUCCACCUGAUUCCCCCUUCCCUCUCUGGGCUUCUUUCCAUGUUUGUCUGCCUUUGUUUCUUUCAUUCUAGUCAGAAUAGCCUAUUCCCUAUGGCAGAGGCACAACAUUCUCUCAUCAGUUUACUGCUCUUGGUUCACCUCCUCCCAGAAGCCUAAGUAAUCGCUCUUGUCUUUGGAGGCUUAAAGAAUAACAUAUAUUUUUGGCAAUGCAUUUAAUCACUGUAGCAGUCUGGUUGCCUAGAGUAAUGCUUUCAGCCAGAACUGAACAAGAUAGGCCUCUAGUGUCUGGCACAUAGCUGACCCUUAAUACAUUUUUACUGGUUGGUGUGAUUUGCCCAGAGUUUUAAAGGUGGUAAACAGAAGUCAACAUUUGAAACUAGGUCGUUUGAUUCAAAAUCCAGUACCACCACAGCAUCUACUGCUUCUCUGGUUCUGAUCAACAAUUGUCAUGAUAUAGUGCAUGACGCCAGAUCUAUAUAUCCAGCCCUAGUCUUUCUCCUGAGUUUUAGUUCCUUUUCACCAUCAGCCUAUUUACAUAUUUUGGACUGUAUCUCCAAUAAGCAUCUCAAGAUCAACCUGCCCAAAACAAAAUUCACCAUUUACCCCAAAUUUACUCUCUUCUGAACUUGUGAACACUAUCUGUAGUCACGCCUGGAAGUCCAAACAACAUCUUCCAAAUGAGGCCUUUUUGUGAUCCUUCCAAUUGCUAGUGCCUUUUCCCAAUUAUUUUGAUUUAUAAAUUUAUUUUGUAUAUACUUAUAUAUAUGUUGUCUACCCCAAUACAAUGUGAGCUUCUUUCUGCCUUCAGGAAGGGUCUUAAUUUUUGUAUUGACAUAUCCAAUACCUAGUACAGAACAUAGCACAUAAUGAGUGCUUAAUAUUUAUUGAUCAGUUGAUUUAACUGGAGAAAAUGUAGGAGAUUGGGCUAAAUGAGUACUGGCCUCAAGAUGCAUCUGGCAGAUGCUUUAAAAAAUAAACCCUGUAUGUGUA